CGGGUGUCUCCGCAGCGGAAGCAGGAAGUGUGUGAUCAUGGAGAACUUACGCGCCUCAGUGCCUGUGUCUCUUCCCAAACACUCAUACUGGUUUGAUUUCUGGAUGUUUCUGCUGUUUGACGUCGUUCUCUUUUCGAUCAUUUACUUCGUCAUCCCGUGAGCGACAGCUUCAGGAAUCCAGUUCACCAAAGAGAGAACGAGUCAGAUCCUCAGCUGAGACGGACGGGAAUGGCAGCGUCCGCAUGUUCUGCUUCUUCAUCACAUUUCUUGCUUGACUCACAUCACUUUACUGCUGACUGAAAUGAAAUGUGCUCUCAAACCUAAAACAGGCAUUUUCCCAGAAUUCCACUGGACUACACAUUCCUGCCCUGAGAUGAGACGAACGUUCAUGUGUCGGAGGGUUUUAUGCACAUUGAAAUCUAAAAAUGAUCAAUGAUCAGUGUGUUUGAGGAAUUAAAUGGAUGUGACAUGUGUUGCCGUGUGUUUUGUUAAUUUUCCUCUAGACACAGAUCAUUGAAAAACACAUUGUGGGUUUUAUCACAACUUCUGCAAAAUAUAUUUUCAUUUUGAAUGUCAGAACUGAAGUGUUAUUAUCUGGAUAGAGGGCUUAAUUCUUGUUCUUAUAACGUUUGUGUUUUACAUGAAGGAAUGGUUGCGUUUUGUCCGAGCAGCAUGUAGGAGUUAAAUUCAAUCUUCACAGCUGUACUGAAAAAUGUCCAGCGGUCAUCUGCAGAGAUCUAUGAGGCCAAAAGAUAUUUGUCCAGUUUUUUUCUUUGCGGGGCACUUGAUCUAACGCCGGCUGCUGUUGUAACCUAUUGUCUUGUCUGGAGUCUCGGGGCAUCAAUUAUUCUCUGCCGUUUCUAUUGGCUCAGAGAACAAAACGCAGCCUAAAGCAAAACGAGCGCCGGAGACGCGGGGCAGAAAAUUAAUGAAGUGGGCACAAAGCGCACUCCAUCACAUGUUGUGGUGAGUGUUUGUGUUGCUCUCUCGCUGGGACAGUCUUGUGAAAUAAAUCAACGGGGAGUUUUCUAGACGCAUCCAGAGAAACAUUCAACGCUCGUUUAGAAACACCUCUCGAAGGGAUAAAGAUCGAGGCAGGUUUACACACCGACUUUAAACAGACCGGACGACUGACGGUUACAGAGAAAUAAGAGUUUAUUUCCAGUUAAUAUCAAUCAAACUGCCGUUGGAUUGUUUUGAUUUAAGCUAUAAUAACUCAAAAAAACAAAAAAAAUGCAGCUAACUAACACAAUAAAAACAUGAUAACAUGUUAAAAAACACAUUUUAAAGAAGGAGUUAUCUCAUUUUGGAAAAAAACCUCUUCAAAAACAACACUGUCGUUUUUUCUUUUUUAAAUAUGCAAAUAUAACUGGUGUUAGUUCUGUCAACUGCUCUUCUGGAGUCCUUAAGGAUCUUCGUCAACGUGUUAACAAACUCGAGGCUUUUAUUCUUCACACAGGACGUGAUGAUAAAACAUUCAUGUGUAAAGGGGAUUCAUAAUGCGGUUAAAGAUCACUUCUGCUUUUGUUUUAUUGGUGAUCGCACAGGUCUGAUCAACUGAUUUUAUUCAUCACUGCAUGGUAAGAGAUUGAACCCAGUAAACGUUAACUUCAGCAGGGAGUUAAAAACGCAUCUUCAGAUGAUUAUAGAAUGUUCUCUGUGAGCAUAUAGUUUUAAUGCUGACUAAAAUCUGAAAGAAAGUUUUCAGGUAUAGAUUAUAGAAAUUUAAUUUUAAUGGAUUUGAAUGUGUUAAAAGAAUUUUAAUUUUGGAUUUUCCUUAAAGACUUCACUUCUAGAGGUGUUAGUAGUAGAGAAACUCAACCAGACUGAAUAAUAAGCACUUCUUACUAAUGGCUUGUUUCCACCGAGUGCUACUACGGUCAACAGUGUUCUUGAUGGGUGUGGUGUAUGAAGAUUAAGAAAUGGCGCCUGUAGCCCGCUCAAGUGACGAUUCCCUGACAACCAAUCAACAGUCUGCAGUGAGUCUGGUACCAGACGAAUGUGCUAACCACCCUAAUGACAGGGUCUCAAGAAAAGUGGUACGGUAGGUCGCUGUUUCGGUACCAUUCACAACUUCUGACAAUGAAAACGCAAAUAACUCCGUACCGUAUUGCACCGUUCUGAACCGGGCCGCUCGGCGGAAACCAGUCAGAAGUCGUGUAUUGUAAAGAAACCAUAUUGUAAAACAGGUCUACAUUUUUAGGAUGUUUACUGAUAAUAAGCAACAGAAAACACCGAGUAAGAUUGUCAUGUCUUAUUCUGUAUUGUUGAGCAGACUUUGUGCUGACGGUCUUCGUGAGAUUUCAUGAGCUCAUAUUUAAUUCUUUCAACAAAUCCACAGAGAAUCUUUCCAGGUCUGUUGAGAGUUAAACACUGUUAACACAUCACAUUCAUCCAAAACAGAUCAAACAAACAACAGCUCGUAUAGUCAAUCCAUCAUCCCGUGUGGGGUUGUGUCUCUCUUGAAAUACACCGAUGAUGUUACUUUCCAGUGAUGUCAUCGUGUAACACGACGUUUUCCUGGACACAACGUGGAUUAGAAAGUCCUGUUUCUUCCAGAAGUUGUGGUUGGAGAGGAAUGAGUUUGGUUUGAUGUAAAGCAGUUGAAUGGACGUAUUAAAAUUCCUUUAAUUAGAACAUUUGUCCCGUUAGCGCUGUGAGACCGAUAGCAUCACUUGUGUUGUCAGCCCGUUCGCCGGCUUUAUCUGACGGAAUGUUUCCUUUGGUGCUGGAGAUAAGCGUUUCAUUUCAAAGAUGACUUUCUUGAUCUUACGAAUGAGAAAGAAGGAAAGGCGAGAUCAUUUGAGUCAACCGUGAUCGUACUUCUCUUGGUUUUAUUUCUGACUUUCAAAUGAAAGAGGGUUUUUGUGAGCCUUGAGCUCUCGGCUCCGUCACAUCAGCUGCUUCUCGUCUCAGUUUUGGUUUUCUUUCAUUAUGUUUAGAUGACGUUUGAAUGAUUCUCAGUAAUGAAUGGCUUCCGUCUUAGACAUCGACCCUACAGGUGCCUUCUAGAAAAGACGCAAUCUGUGAUGCGGUUGAAAUGUGCUAGAAAGCACACACACAUGAAGAAACUAAUAUAAAUAUCUUCUGUACAUCACACGUGAAGAAAUAUAGCUUUAAAUAAUACAAACCCUUCUCAAGUCAUAAGCUUUAUUCAGAUCUCAGGAAAUCUCAGAAAAAUGCGAUUUUAAUUGAUUGUUUUUCAGUCUGUUUCUCUUAUGGGAACACAUGCCAACAUCUGUAUAGUGUUUUGUGUUCAUCUGCUGCUCACUCUUCACCUUCACAGUAAAUCUGUCCGAGAGAUUUUCACUCCGUUGGUGAGAUGAUUUAAACAGGCUUUGGUGAAUGUCCAUGUGUAAGUCAAACGCUCCUCUUGCAGUUACAGGAGGAAUUACACAGCAGUCUGUGGGAGGGAUUGUAAUUCGUCUGGUGAGAUGCAGAAAGCCGGUGAAGUUUUGCAUACAUGAGACUGAUGAGCUGUGUGUGUGUGUGGGGGGGGGUGUUACCAUAGAAACUGUGUGCGUGCUUGUGUGUGUGUGUGUGUGUUUGUCUGUGCGUGCGUGCUUGUGUGUGUGUGUGCACGUGUGCGUGCGUGUGUGCGUGUGUGUGUGUGUGCACGUGUGCGUGCGUGUGUGCUUGUGUGUGUGUGUGCACGUGUGCGUGCGUGUGUGCUUGUGUGUGUGCGUGUGUGUUUGUCUGUGCGUGCUUGCGUGUGUGUGUGCACGUGUGUUUGUUUGUCUGUGCGUGCUUGCGUGUGUGUGUGCGUGUGUGUUUGUUUGUCUGUGCGUGCGUGCUUGUGUGUGUGUGUGUUUGUCUGUGCGUGCUUGUGUGUAUGUGUGUUUGUUUGUGUGUUUGUCUGUGCGUGCGUGCUUGUGUGUGUGUGUGCGUGUGUUUGUCUGUGCGUGCGUGCUUGUGUGUGUGUUUGUUUGUGUGUUUGUCUGUGCGUGCGUGCUUGUGUGUGUGUGCGUGCGUGUGUUUGUCUGUGCAUGCAUGCUUGUGUGUGUGCGUGUGUUUGUCUGUGCGUGCGUGCUUGUGUGUGUGCGUGUGUGUUUGUCUGUGCGUGUGUGCUUGUGUGUGCUUGUGUGUUUGUCUGUGCGUCCGUGCUUGUGUGUUUGUCUGUGCGUGCUUGUGUGUGUGUGCGUGCUUGUGUGUAUGUGCGUGUGUGUGUUUGUUUGUGUGUUUGUCUGUGCGUGCGUGCUUGUGUGUGUGGGCGUGUGUGUGUGUGUGUGUGUGUGUGUGUGCGUCAGGUGGUCCGAUGAUUUGCCAGUAUUUGUAUACACACUAACAUUAUGGAAAUGAGACAAACUUGCGCAGAGCUCAUGUAUAAUACACAACCUAUACAUGAGUAUAUAUUGAGAAGCACCCAUUUGAGUGUUUCAUGUCACACGAUCAGGUUGUCAGUUGUGUACACCUAUUUAAGAAAAUGUC